GAGUCAACUUCCCAACUUCCUACAACGUCUCACGCUAUACCACCUACAAGUGAAAGAACAACACAACCUGAAGAUAUUCUAAAAACUGACACUGCAGUACCUCUCACUAUAACUACAAAACUACCAGAUCAGUCAACUGUAGCCGAAGAAGUAGAAACAUCUAUGCCCGCUACCAUUUCUCAUACCACAAUGACACCAACAACUCAAACAACUAUUGCUUCUUCAACAACAGAACAUACGACUGUCACUGAACUCCCACCCACUGAUACAUCUAGCACAGAAGCUACAACUAUGUCAUCGACUGAAACGACACCAGAAACUACAACACCAACAAGCACACUAGAAACGCUUUCCACACAUGUCAAAGACACAACGACACACAUUACACCAACAACACAAAUACACACAGAAACUGAGGAGUCAACAUCCCAACUUCCUACAACGACUCACGCUAUACCACCUACAAGUGACAGAACAACACAACCUGAAGAUAUUCUAAAAACUGACACUGCUGAACCUCUCACCAUAAGUACAAAACUACCAACUCAGUCAACUAUAGCCGAAGAAGUAGAAACAUCUAUGCCCACUACCAUUUCUCAUACCACAAUGACACCAACAACUCAAACAACUAUUGCUUCUUCAACAACAAAACAUACCACUGUCACUGAACUCCCACGCAAUGAUACAACUAGCACAGAAGCUAUAACUUUGACAUCGAGUGAAAAGACAUCAGAAAUUACAACAUUAACAAGCACACUACAAGUGCAUACAACCCAAGACAAAGACACAACGACACACAUUACACCAACAACACAAAUACACACAGAAACUGAGGAAUCAAGCUCCCAACUUCCUACAAUGACUCACGCUAUACCACCUACAAGUGAAAGAACCACACAACCUGAAGAUAUUCUAAAAAUUGACACUGCAGAACCUCUCACCACAACUACAAAACUACCAACUCAGUCAACUCUAGCCGAAGAAGUAGAAACGUCUAUGCCCACUACCAUUUCUCAUACCACAAUGACACCAACAACUCAAACAACUAUUGCUUCUUCAACAACAGAACAUACGACUGUCACUGAACUCCCACGCACUGAUACAACUAGCACAGACGCUACAACAAUGACAUCGACUGAAAAGACUUCAGGAAUUACAACAGAAACGAGCACACGAGAAAUGCUUACAAUACCUGUCACAGACACAACGACACCGAUUACUUCAACUAGUGAAAUUGAAACAGAAACUGAGGAGUCUAUUACACAUCUUUAUACAACCACACACAUUGUAACACCUACUAUUGAAAGCACAACACAACUUCCAGACAUUUUAACAAUUGAGACUACAGAACUUCUCAGCACUACGACAAAACUACCACCUUUCACAACUCUAACUCAGCAAGUAGAAACAUCUAUGACAACCACAAUUGCUGCUACCACCAUGAGCACACCAACUCAAAAAACAAUUUCUUCCUCAACCUCAGAACUCUCCACUGGCUCUGAAAUCUCACUCAUUGAUCAAAUUACAACUCUGUCAUCAACUGAAAAGCCUGUAGAAUUUCCUACACCAGCAAGUCACACUGACGACAUGAAAACAUUAACCCCUAAUACAGCUUCUUUUAAUACAACGCACAGUCCAUCUCAAAUGACAACUGCUUCAUCAUCAGAGCACCCUGCUACAUUACUAGUAACUGACAAAUCUAAUGCUGUAUUUAGAACUUCGGCAUCACCAGAAAAUCUUGAGAAUCCUGUUCAGAAAGCAAUUACAAAACAUAUGCCCACUCAAACUACCAGCAAUAUGACCACUUUGCUUUAUAUGACCAAUUCUAAUCAAACAGAAACUGCUCCUGUGACAUCCAAUUUUCCUCGAAAAUCUGACGUAGACAAAAGUACUGUCGAAAGCACAACACAAAUUACAGAUAUUGAAACUGAACUCCCAACCCAGACAUCCUUUUUACAACAGCUAACCACAAGUACCCAACAACCAACUCUAUCUUUUCAGCCAGCAGAACUGGAUUCAAGAAUAACAUAUUCGAUCUCAACUGCAGAUAAUAGCCGAAAGAUAACUGAAUAUUCUACAGCACAACCAAGAACUGCAGCAAGUACUCCAGAAGUUCAAAUCCAGUUCCUUCCAAUAACUACAACCACAACGACGACGACGACGACGACAACCACAACCACAAGACGACCAACAACUCAAGAAAUUUCAACAGCAAGAACUAAGGUAACUACUGACUUCCUUGAAACAACAAAAUUUCACAACAUAACCACUCAAGAAACAGAGACUGAUAUCAUAACACAGGAUAAACAACUAGAGGCGGAAAUUACCACGCAUGCUGUUACUACACAACAAACAAUACUGCCCACUCAAGCUGAAAACAAUGAAACAAUUAUGCCAAAACAACUCACUGGUACAAUGCACACUCCUUCUCAAACAGUAACUUUCUCCAAAGAACACACCAUUCAUACACCACUAACCAGUCAAAGUAGCAUUCAAUACACAACUCAGGAAUCAACUAAAGAAUUUCUCACACAUAUAACUACAAGCACACCAGAAAUGCUUACACAAAAUAUCACCAACACAACAACACACAUUCCUUCAACAAGACAAAUUCAAAAUGAAACAGCUAAAUCUACUUCUCAAAUUCCUCACACAACAAACAUUGACACAUCUACUAGUGGAAGCACAACACAAUUGACGAGUCUUCUAAAAACAGAAGGAACAGCAAAGAUUACACCAACACUAACAAAAACUACCAAACAACAAACUCAGUCGGUUGUAGACAAACAUGUACAAACAUCUAUACCAAUCACACCUGCAACUAGCACAAUGCGCACACCAGUUGAUCAGAAACUUGCUUCAUCAACAGAACACACCACUGAAAUAACACAAACUGAUCACACUAGUACUGAAUAUAGAACUCCAGCAUCAACUGAAAAGACUCUCGAAAUUACAAUACCAGCAUACACACUUGAAUCCCUUACACAAACUAUCAAAGACACAACUAGAACACACAUUCCACCAACAAGUCAAAUUCACACAGUAACUGCUGAAUCAACUUCUCAAAUUCCACACACUGCACAUGUUCACACAUUUACUAUUGAGAGCGUACCUCAAACUACAGAUGUUCUGAAAACAGAACAAAAGACAAACACUCCACUACCUCAGACAACAAAAACUGGACAAACAUCUGUACCAGUCACAAACGUUUCUAGCAUGACACACAUACCAACUCACACUACAAUCACAGAACAAACAAACUACACACUGGGUACAAAUGAAACAAGAACAGAAUAUACACCUCAAGAACCUGAAAUGAUUUUCAAGACUCGUACACCAGCAACAACAUCACAGUUCCUUACAGAAUUUCUCACCAAGACUACAAGAAAACACAUACCUUCAACAACGCACAUUCAAAUACAAUCACAAAAAUCUACAACUCAAAUGCCUCAAACGACACGCAUCAAGGCAACAACAGCUAAAAGUGCAACAGAAAUUACAGGUAUUGCAACAAAAGAGAUUACAUCACCUAUCACCGCAAUUACUCCAGAAACUCUCUCACCUCCAGCCAUAGAUUUACAAACAUCUAUUCCACCUACAUUUGGUGCUACCACAAUGCGCACACUAACGACAGCAUCAUUUCCUUCAUCAACACAACAAAUCAGUUCCACAGGAAUACCACUCACCAAUCAAACUAGCACCCAAAAUACAAUUCAAGCAUCAACUGAAAAGAUGCUCGACCUAACUACAUCAGCUAGCACACCAGAACGGCUUACACAAAAUAUCACACACACAACACAGAAGACUUCCACACGUCAAAUGACAACAAAAGCAGAUAAAUCCACUUCACUUCCUCAAACAACACAAAUUCACACACUUACUGCUGAAAGCAUAACACAAGUCAAAGACAAUCAAACAAACAUGAUUCCAUCAUCACUCAUAACUACAGAUGAGACACUUCUCUCAACUCUAACCAAAGAUGUACAAAAAUCGAUGUCACCUACACUUGCUACUAGUAAAAUGCACACACCAACCGCCACAACAAUUCCUUCAUCCACAAAAGAACACACUACUACCACUGCAGUACUACACACUGAUCAAACUACCACUCAAGAUACAACUGAGGCGUCCACUGAAAAGAUUUCAGAAAUUAUUAUACCAGCAACCACACAACCAGCAAUCCCUUCAUCAACAAAAGAAAGCAUUACUACCACCACAAUCCCACACAUUGAUCAAACUAGCAAGCAAUAUACAACUAAGGUUACAAAUGAAAAGACUCUGGAAAUUACUACACCAGCAACUACAAGAGAAUUACCAACAACACCUCUCACAGACACAACAACACAGAUUACUUCAAGUCAGAUUCAGACACAAACUAAGGAAUCUACUUCGCAGCUUCCUCACAUGACACACAUUGAUAUAUCAACUGUUGAAAGCACAACACAAUUCACAGAUAAUUUAACAACAGAGACUACACCACCUCUCACCUCAACUACAGAACAACCAUCUCAGUCUACUCGA